CAAUUAUCAUUUGUUAUUUUUUGUGAUACUGUGCUCAAUAAUAACCAUGUUUAUUAUUUUCAUUUCCAGGCAACAUCUUUGUCGUCAGCUUAUCUGUUGCGGACCUUGUAGUGGCGGUGUACCCAUAUCCAGUAAUCCUCAUAGCUAUUUUCCAUAAUGGGUGGACAUUAGGUAAUAUUCAUUGCCAAAUUAGCGGAUUUCUUAUGGGACUAAGUGUCAUCGGUUCUGUCUUCAACAUUACAGCCAUAGCCAUUAAUAGAUACUGCUACAUCUGCCAUAGCCUGCGGUACGAUAAGCUUUAUAACCAGAAAAGCACAUUCUGUUACCUCUGUUUGACAUGGAUACUGACUGUUAUUGCAAUUGUGCCAAACUUUUUUGUUGGAUCUCUACAGUAUGACCCAAGGAUUUUCUCAUGUACUUUCGCUCAAACAGUCAGUUCUUCUUAUACAAUAACGGUGGUUGUGGUGCAUUUUAUUGUGCCUUUGGCCGUGGUAACGUUCUGCUACUUGAGGAUAUGGGUUUUAGUUAUUCAGGUCAAGCACAGAGUAAGACAAGACUGCAAGCAGAAGCUGACACCAACAGACCUACGGAACUUUUUGACCAUGUUUGUUGUGUUUGUCCUUUUUGCUGUCUGUUGGGGACCGUUAAACUUUAUUGGCCUAGCGGUGGCCAUCAACCCUUUUCAGGUAGCUCCAAAAAUUCCAGAAUGGCUGUUUGUAUUAAGUUACUUCAUGGCCUACUUUAACAGCUGCCUCAAUGCAGUCAUCUAUGGUCUUCUCAAUCAAAACUUUCGAAAGGAGUACAAAAGAAUUUUGAUGUCUUUGUUGACACCAAGACUGCUAUUUGUUGACACUUCAAAAGGGGGAACAGAAGGAGCAAAAAGCAAACCCUCUCCAGUUGUUACCAAUAAUAAUCAGGCUGACAUAUGUGUGUAA